GGGGCAUCCAACUCUGUGUUGCUAAAUGACACCAUCAUGGGAUGCUCAUGGCUGUUGAUUUUGGGUCUUGUCCAAAAUGUUGCACAUUCCUUGGAAAUUCAGGGUUCAGGUGAAGAACCCACUCCCGUGCUUGCUCACAACGUCACUGGAGUCGUGGGGGAGGACGUGUACCUGAGCUGCCAAUAUCUGGGUGCGGGUCAGAUCCAGAAGGCGGAGUGGAAACGCAGGGUCAACUCUCAGAGCAAAUUCAAGCGGCUGUCCGGCUUUUCGAACGGGAAAGCAUUUAGCCGGGAUGACUUUUCAGAGCCAGACUCUCUCACCAACCUCACGGUGAGGAUGAGGGUGUCCAGCAUGGAAGCAGAAGGAGAGUACAUAUGCGAGUUCGAGGAAGAGGAGGAGAAUUUAUUUGUCAGCGUGUUUGUUUCUGUUUUUGCUAAACCUGCUAUAGAGAUAAUGGUGCACUCAGAGACCAUAAAUGACACUCACUACCAGUCGGUGUCGUGCUCCGCCGCUGGAGGCAAGCCAAUGCCUCACCUCAGCUGGCUGGUCGGUGGGCGUCCUCUUUCAGAUUUCCCCUUCACUGCAAACGAGAGCAAAACCCUUCACUCAAACGGCACCUUCACGCUGAGCAGCACCCUCCGCUUCCCCACCCAUCUUCAGGACGAGGAGAGUGUGACCUGUGUGGUCAAACACGAGACCCUCCCAAACCCGAAACGCGCCACAGCGAGGGUGGAAACCUACGCGAGGCCGAACGUGACGAUUAAAGCAGAGAUGGUACAACGAGUAGGAAAUGAUUUCUGGGUGGUCUCUUGCAUUUCAUCCGGAGGGAGACCCGACGCUGAAAUUUCCUUGGCUUUGAACGGGAAUGAAGAGGUGCAAAGAGAGAACAGCGCAGAUUCAGCCACGAAAAGCCUCUCCGUCCGGCUCCCUGCGGCGGAAUACGAGGGCCGCAGCAUCACCUGCGUGUUUAAACACCCAAAGUUCUCUCAUCCCGAGUCGCGAGGCAUAACCAUGCCCACUUUUUAUUUGUCUGGGGUUCGGUCUCGCUCAGACGUGGGAAGCAGUAACAAUGACUUUAACGCCCCAGAAUUUUUAGAGCUGCGGGAAGGAGACAGCAACGUUGUUAUCAGCGUGGAGGUUACUGGGAAUGUGCCACGCUACAACGUUAUCUGUAAAAAAGAUGAUGGGCCCUUGCCUGAAGAUGUGGAGCUGGUUGGCAGAAAUCUCACAAUUCAAGGCGUGGUGAAGCACCAGCAUGCUGGUCUGUAUGAAUGCGAAUGCUCCUACCACCAUCUGAAAGCAGCGCUGCAGUUCAACGUCACAGUUAGAGCUCAACCUCCACAGCUGGUUUCUCCCACAAUCAGAGUUGAUUUACGCACCGAAGGUGGAUACAGGAUGAUUGAGUGCACAGCGGCUGGUGCUGUUCCUGCAGCCAGCGUCUCCUGGAUUCUACCAGAGGGUGUUUCUGAAGAUCUUUGGUCCAAUUCCACUUUUUAUAAUGGAAGCCACUCUGUUCUGCUCCUCCCUGCAUGCUCGCCUCAAGAGCUCACAGCGCUGUGUGUGAUAAAUCACCCUGCGUUUAAGGAACCAGAGAACAGAAGUAUCAGCCUCCCACUUUGCGCUCGACCAAACGUCACCGUCAGCCACAGUUCUGAGUGGAAAUACGAUCGCAAACACUCAAAAGUGCACUGCACUGUGGUCAGCGUCGCCCCUGCUGCAGCUAUAACCUGGCACGCUGGGAGCAAAAAUGACAACAUCAGUUAUUCAACAGAAACUGAAGUCCUGGCUGGGGGUCUGGUAUUGACCCGGAGCUCUGUGUGUUUCCUGUCCUCUCUGUACGCCGGUCAGAAUUUGACUUGCGCUGUGAAACAUCCAAGUUUGGAGAGUCCAGAAAAAAAAUCAAUACACAUUCCAGCGCAAAAGCCCCCUCAGCUCAGUCUGUCUGUGGUGAGACAGCAUGACUCCCCUCUCUGGCUGGCAGUGUGUGACUGCAAAGGGGAGGGUGUCGGGACAAACCUUGAAUGGGCCCUUCCCAAAAAUGCCAGAAACGAAACAUCCCUGCACACAGAGCACAAGGAACACAUGAUGAUCGCCAAGCUGACUUAUCGGUUUCCUCUGGUCCUUCACGAGGGGCAGGACCUGACCUGUGUGUACCAGUCUGACAACGGGAUCACAGAGAAGAGGACCGUUCACAUCCCAACAUACUAUAUCUCUGCUGUAAAAGUGCUGAACAACACGAGCGCCCUGCAGAGCCGCGACACUGAUCAACCUGUUGUAUACAGAGUGUCUGUCAACCAGAAUCAACGCAACCGGAAAGUACUGCUCAAAGUUGAAGGAAACGUGCCAGAGUACAGCCUUGACUGUCGAAGGAGGGAUGGCUCAAUUGUUCAACUGGAUGGGGCUGCAAUGAUCCUUCAGUCAGACCCUUCUGGGUCGUGUAAAGGCCGGUACACCUGCUUGGCUUCUUUUUACCACCACACAGCUUCUGUCGACAUUCAAGUGGAAGUCCUGAGAGAGGAUGAACUGUUUAUGCUGGUUAUCAUGAUCUGCGUCUCUUCAGCCUCAGCCGUCGUUAUCAUCUUCAUCGUACUCGCCUGCGUGUGCUGUAAAAGAGAGAAAAAGACGCCGCAUAAGGAACGGGAGUCCGUCUCAGCCUUAACGAGUCUCAUGCAGGAUCCGGGCUCUCCUGAGGUCAGGAAGCCUGCAGCAGAGAUGGGCGACAGUAAGGAGUAUGCUCAGCUGACCAGCUUCUCCAUAGUCUUUGACGCCAAGAGUACAGUGUAAAGAGAGACAGAUGUGUCUCAGAGGAUUUUACAUAUCAUUCAGCUUGAACUGUGCAUUUAAUGCCCUAAUGCAACUGCAGCACUGUGUAUUUUUGUAGAAAUGUAGCAUUAGAAAUUAAACUGAAUAUGCACGGAACUUUGUAGCAGACUGGCAUUAAUGGUUUAAAAAGCGAUGAGUUAGCACUUUUCCAACCUUACUUGAACUUUGCAUUUAACACAUUUUGUAUUUUAUUAUGGGAGAAUCAAUAAAACAAUUGAAUUACAAUUGUA